AUGGAUGAUGAAGUCGAUGCAUGUCUUGCGAGAUCACGAAGGAUUCCUGAGUCCAGUAGACCUCUGGUUGCAUGCGUUAUUAUUCUAUUCACUAUGGUUGGAAUUAUCAGUAAUCUCUCACUGCUCGCUGUGCUUACAAUUCACUGGAAAAGUAAUUUUCGAUCUCAGCACUUCACCUUCUUCGUACUCAACAUGAUAGUGUCUGGUCUAAUAUAUUCUGCAACGAACCUCUGGGUUUCCAUUCCAUGUACAAUAGAUGACUGUCCUCUUAUCCGACGUGACAUUACUAUGAUCAUCUUGGCUACUCCAAAUACGCUCGGAUAUUGGGGAUAUCUCUUCUCCUCGUUGUCCUUAGCAGCAUAUCGCUUCGGAAUUUUUAUGUCAAGAAAUUUUGGCAAAAAUACAGUCAACAUGAAGAUAUUUGUUAUGUUGUGCUGUGUUAUCAUUUAUUCCCUAGCAAAGCUCAUGUUAGUUGGUGUAAAGCAUAACAUAGCACCAGGGUCUCGGAUGCCCCAUUCACGCUCAACGGAACGAAUUUAUCUCGAAUUGAAUCUCAUGUCUCGAAUUGAACACGAUGAACGACCUGAGCCCCGAGCUGGGCAGGAGAAGACGCUUGGGGAGCGUAUAAGAGCAUCGAGGAUGUAG